CAGGAUUCAAGCCACUACCAGGAGUGUGACUGACUUGAAGUGCGCGAUACCAUGGCAAGUGGAUUGAAUUUUUCCAUACACUGAUCAAGUGAUGAGGGUUCAAUACUGGUACAUACAAAGCAUAAACCUGAUCAUCUCUCCUCAUCGGACCAUCCACCCCUCAAAAUGAGCACCUCCGACUCCCCUCCAUCACCGUCGCGGUUCUCGGAGCAACAAAAAGAAGAAGCCGCGAGCUUCCUCCGCUCGCUCCUUAACAAGAACUUCCGCGUCACCACGACCGAUUCCCGCAUGUUCUGGGGCACCUUCAAAUGCACCGACCCUGAGAGCAACAUCAUCCUCCAGCACACCUACGAAUACCGCUACCCGUCAGCCCGGCAGGUCUCGGAUGCCGCCGCCGCGGCCGCGGCAUCGGCGGCGGGCUCGGGCGACGAAGGCGGCGGCGGCCAGGGGAAGGACAAGGCCAAGGUGAAGCUGGACAUGACGUCGCGGUACCUGGGCUUGGUGGUGAUUCCCGGCAAGUACAUCACGCGGAUCGAGGCUGAGGAAUUUGUCAGCCAGAUGCCCGCGCGCAAGGUCAAGGUCCUGGGGAUCGGCGAGCAGCAGUUCGGACGGGGGACGUCGUCAUCGUCACCAGGCGAGGGGGAGGGCGAGGUCCAAAGCGGUGCGGCGGGCGUGGUGUGAUUUCGCUGUUGUCGGUCGCUGGAGAUGAUGGAU